CAUACAUAGAUUAGCAAUAUUUGAGAUACGGAAACAAAAUGGCAGAGAAAGGCAUGAGUGUUUGUGUAACCGGCGCUGGAGGUUACGUGGCAUCUUGGCUCAUCAAGCUUCUUCUCUCUCAAGGCUACACCGUUCACGGCACCCUCAGAAAUCCUGAGGAUGACAAAAAUGCCCAUUUGCUGAGCUUUGAGAAUGCAGCUCAAAAGCUGAGACUCUUCAAAGCAGACUUACUCGAUUUUGACUCCAUUCUCGCCGCAGUCAAAGGGUGUGAUGGUCUUUUCCACGUCGCCAGCCCUACUCCUUCUGCAUCUGUAUCUAAUCCUGAGGUGGAAGUUGUUGAGCCGGCAGUGAAUGGCACUCUCAAUGUCCUAAAAGCAUGCUCCGAGGCAAACGUGUCUCGUGUCGUGGUUGUGUCGUCGUGUGUUGCGGUCGUGAUGAACCCCAAUUGGCCUAAGGGUAAAGUUAUGGAUGAGAGUUGUUGGUCGGAUACAGAAUACUGCAGGAGAACUAAUAAUUGGUAUUACUACUCAAAAACAGCAGCCGAGUCUGAGGCUCGAAAAUAUGCGGAGACCAAUGGCCUCGACUUGAUCACCUUGUGCCCAAGCCUCGUCCUCGGCCCAAUGCUGCAGCGUACACCAAAUUCAAGCAGUUUAUUCCUCCUAAAGUUAUUGAAAGAGGGGUAUGAGGUAACAGAGAACCACGUACGUGCAAUAGUAGAUGUACGCGACGUGGCUGAAGCAAUCAAACUAGUAUACGAGACACCUCAAGCUCAAGGUCGAUACCUAUGCAAUUCUCACAUGAUCAACACUGAGGAUUUGGUCCAAACAGUUAAGGAAAUCUAUCCUAACUAUGACUAUCCAAAGAGGUUCAAAGAAGGUAAGGAGCUGCCGCAGUUGAGUUCGGAUAAACUGCAGGGCCUUGGAUGGAGAUAUAAUCCAUUGAAAGAAACUCUUGUUGAUUCUGUUGAGAAUUACAAGGAAAAAGGUCUUGUCAAUUCAUGACCAAUAAGAAAUUGUGCUGUUUAAACACGUUGUACGCUUGGUUUGAAUAAUUGUACUUGCAUUGACUUGUGUAUCAAAUAAUUGCAUGGCGAAGAACAUGUCAACAAAAAUACAUUCUUAGUCUUAGAUAAUGCAGACUAUGAGAUAUUUGAUUUUGGAGAGUAUAUGUAUAUAUAUGUUUACUAUUACACUCUUUUGUUAAAUGUGUGCGGUUUAUAUUGGUAUGUGGUAGUCAUCACACAUUUUGUCCGUUAAA